AUGUCCAAAUUCUGCAGCAGCGGAUUCGAUGGAGAGUCAGAAAUGACGUUUCAAGAGUUGGAGAAUUUCAUUUGUCAACUAGAAAUUGGCACUGUUGUCACAAAAUUCUUCAAAAAGAAACAACCCGACAAAAGGAACCUGUCGAUCAAGAGAGAAUCCCGCCAAGUUGUUUGGUACAAAGAAAUGAGCAAGAGGAAUAACUACGAAGGAAUUGUCGAUUUGAGAGAAAUUAAAGAAAUUAGAACUGGAAAAAAUUCGAGAGAUUUCGAACGAUGGUCGAGCUUGUCAGAUUAUGCGAGAUUUGAAGAUGAUCGAUGCUUUGUCGUUCUCUACGGCCAAGAAUUUCGCUUGAAGACCCUCUCCGUUUGCGCCAUUUCCAAGCAGGAUUGCGACCGUUGGGUGGAUGGCCUGCGGUACCUAAUCAAAGACACUCUCAACUCGCCAUACCCACUGCAACUGGAGCGAUGGAUAUGGAAAGAAUUUUACAACAUGACUCCCGAAAGGCCGACCAUCACCUUGAAGGUCGUCAAAGCUUUUCUACCCACAGUCAACUGCCAAAUAGCUAAAUCUCGGCUGAAAGAAGUUUUCAGUGAAGUGAACAAUAGAAGCGUGGGCGAAUUAUCCUUUGACGAAUUCGCAACUCUCUGCCACUUUCUUACCUAUGACGGAACAAUAUAUCACACCUUCUUCCAGAUAUUUUCUUCUGAUGGAAUGAUUAUCUCCCUGGCGGAUUUUCAGGCAUUCCUGGCACAGCAAGGCGACAGCAGUGCCUACCAGGAAAGCGACAUGGUGACAGCGACUUUUAUGAGGAAUUUCGUGCGAGAUCCUCGCCGAUGUAACGUGGCUGAUCAAGACUACGAUGAAGGAUUCUUUACAGCCAAGGAAUUUAUGAGCUACUUGUUUUCUCAUCACAACGAACUAUUCGAUCCUGUCCAUAAAAUGGUCAACCAGGACAUGACCCAGCCUCUGUCUCAUUACUGGAUCGCAUCUUCCCACAAUACGUAUUUGACUGGUGAUCAGCUGAAAAGCCUCUCUAGUGUCGAGGCUUACGCUCGUUGUCUUUUGCAAGGUUGUCGUUGUCUUGAGCUAGACUGUUGGGACGGCCCAGAUGGAAUACCCAUCAUCUACCACGGACUGACAAUUACUACGAAAAUCAGUUUCCUUGACGUUGUAAAAACGAUCAAAGCACAUGCUUUCAUGACUUCGCCUUAUCCGGUCAUUUUGUCCAUCGAGGAUCACUGCAGUCUCGUCCAACAAAACAAAAUGGCCGCCAUUUUCGAAGAGGUAUUUGGCAAUAUGUUGCUGAAGGCGCCAUUGGUCGAACAACAAACCGAUUUUAGCAUGCUGCCUUCACCACACGAUUUGCAGAUGAAAAUCCUCAUCAAACAUAAGAAGUUACCUGAAAAAUCCACUGACGCCAAUUCGUCGACGACCGAACGUCCUGAAGACAUAAGCGAUUCGGACAUUCUGAGCUCGGAGAAGAAUGGAAUUUUGUACUUGGAAGACAAGGCCAAAGGCGAAUGGGUAUCUCAUUUUUUCGUGCUCAGUGAUGCUAAAAUGUACUACACGAAAUUCAAUGCCAAAGAGAGCGAAGCAGAAGAAGAAGAGUUUGACGAAGACGAUUCCACCACCACAACUUACCAGCCAAUACCAGAAGGUGUACCAGAAUACGAGUUGCAUUUCGGGGAGGUCUGGUUCCAUGGACGAUUGGAAGGUGGUCGAAUUCGUUCGGAAGAACUUUUAAAACAGUAUGGACCCAGCCUUGGUGACGGAGCAUUUCUUGUGCGAAAUAGUGACAAUUUCGUUGGUGAUUUUUCCUUGUCAUUCUGGCGUCAAGGAAAAGUGUAUCAUCUUCGGAUUCGUCGACCGACACGCAGUGGCAGCGAUGGGAAGCCAAUGAAAAUGUAUCAACUGGAAAGCGAUGUCUAUUUCGACAGUUUGUACAGUUUAGUCAUCCACUACAAAACGAAUCCGCUCAAAAGUCCGAGUUUCAGCAUUGUUUUCGACCAGCCUAUACCACAGCCAAGUACCCAUGAGGGCAAGAACUGGUACCAUCCUACCAAAACACAGGCGGAAGCCGUAGAAUUACUCCGCGCCAUUCCAAAAGACGGCGCAUUUCUGGUGAGACCAAGCGAUAAAGAUUCGGGUACAUAUUCCAUCUCGUUCAGGGCUGAAGGGGAGAUUAAACACUGUCGCAUCAAGCAAGAAGGUCGAUUGUUCAUAAUUGGAACGGCUCAAUUUGAGAGUCUCGACGAUUUGGUUAAGUACUACGAAACCAGCCCGCUUUACGGCCAAGUUCGUCUCCGCAUGCCGGUGACGGAUAACACAGUUUAUCAAGAAGAAGAGAAUCCUAAAGAAAAAGAUGAAUCUAUUGCAGCGGAGCAGCCUAGUUACAUCGUAACGGAGGCGUUGAUGGGACCCAUGGGCAUAUCAGUGAGAGCUCUGAAGAGUUAUCAGAGCCACGAGGACGACGAACUAAGUUUUCCUAAAAAUGCCAUCAUAAAAAAUGUGAAGAAAGUCGACUCGAUUUGGUGGCGUGGCGACUAUGGAGGACGAUUGCAAUACCUCUUUAUUGCCAACCUGACGGAAGAAAUAAAUUACGAUGAAGCUAAACGAUACGAAGAAGAAAGCUCUGCAGACGGAAUAGCACAAGGCUUGCAGAGUAAAGAGAGUUUCGACGUGUCCUGUGCUGAAGUGGAGUUCUUGAAAUUGCAGCCGUCAUUGGUAAGGGCACAAUCAACCAUUUCCGUUAGUAGCACUCAAGGUGAAAACGUCGUUAGCAAAAAUGGCGCACCCGAGUGGCUACUUCGCGUGAAACUAACAUCCAAAUCGGAGAUACUGGAACUGGGUGUUGAAUCCAGAGAAGAAGCCCUCGAAUGGGUGAAGGCUAUCUCGAGUGUCAGCGGUGAAUCAUUGGAUAAUCAGGACAACAACCAAACGAUGCACAGCGAGACUGAACUCAAGUACGGCAUUGCCAAAGCACUGUCAGACCUGGUCGUUUAUUGCCAAGCAAAGCAUUUCAAUCAAGAGCGAAUUCUGCACGAAGGUCGCAAUCCCUGUCAAAUGUCAUCCUUUGCCGAGUUGAAAGCUGAAAAGCUUAUGCUGCUAGAGUCGAAAUUCUUUCUCUGGUAUCAUCAGGUCAUGCUAAGCCGUGUCUAUCCCAAAGGCCAAAGAAUCGAUUCAAGCAAUUACAAUCCAAUUCCGUUUUGGAAUGUUGGCUCCCAAAUUGUGGCUUUAAACUACCAAACACCUGACAAAAACAUGCAGAUCAAUGAAGCCAAAUUUUUGCAAAAUGGAAAAUGCGGCUAUGUUUUGAAGCCGAGUUACAUGCGCAAGACAUCCGACUACAACCCCGAUUAUUGCUCAGUGCCUGACGAGGCUCCAGUUUCGCUUGUGAUUAAGAUCAUCGCUGCCCGUCACUUGACCACACGCCACCUGAAAUCCAGGCGAGGUAUUAUUAGUCCUUUCGUCGAGAUUGAGAUUAUUGGCUCGCAGCAAGACAUGAUAAGCAACAAAUACACCACUAAAACUAUACCCGACAACGGAAUUUGUCCUUUCUGGGACGAGUCUUUCCAACUCCAUAUUUUACGCCCAUCUUUGGCUCUUUUACGAUUCGCCGUCUAUGAUUCAGAUAUGUUUGGAGAAUCCUGUCUUAUUGCACAAGCCACAUAUCCCCUUUCCUGCAUUCGUCGGGGAUUCCGGAGUGUUCCGUUAAAGAAUGGUUUCAGCGAACCCCUUGAAAUGUCGUCUCUUCUCAUUUUAUUAGAUCAUCAAAAGAGAAAAAAGGAAUCUUUCAACAUGGUCAGCAAUACAAUAGUGUUGCAAAAGAUGCGAACAGACCGUCUACGUGAUUUGCAAGUCCAAAUAUCUGAGGCUGAGGUGCGUGGCGACGCAGAGGCGGUACAAGCGGCUCGUUCUGAAUUCCAAGAAAUUGAGAUACAAAUAGUGGAAGAAUUUCAUCGUUUGGCACAUUACUAAUCAAAAGCAAAAGCCAUUUGAUAAAUUAGAUUGCAAUUAUUAAAACAAUUAUAUACAGAACACAUUAAACUUUGAGACUAAAACUAA